AUGGACUCGCCCGCCGUGACCCGGAUAUUUCAGCAGCUCUUCGCCAGGCCGUCUCAAAGAUGCCUCCGCAUGAAAAAUGGCGCCGCCGGAUAUACUCCUGUACGACGAUUCGAUCAGCGUAGGACGUAUGCGCUUCGCCGAAAAGAAGAUCUGCCAGAUGGAGGCAGCACAUGGCAGCAAAGAAUUGAUGCGUUCCCCAAGGACAUGACGCGGCAACUUAAAGAAUACCCACGAGUUACAGCACGAGACCUUCGACAUCGAACGCAGCGGCCGCGGAGGGUCAAGAUGCUGACAAGAGACUUCAUCGAGGAUAGCCUGUACAAUCCGAACUACGGCUACUUCUCGAAGCACGCGACGAUCUUCAAUGCCGGCAAGCCGUUCGACUUCCCAUCAAUCAAGGACGGCCAGGAGUUCAACCGCAUGGUGGACCAAAGCUAUAUCGAGUUCGAAGAUGCGCUGGAUGAGGUCGAAUACGACGAAGCAAGGCAACUCUGGCAUACGCCGACCGAAUUAUUCCGUCCGUAUUAUGGCGAGGCGAUCGCGCGGUACCUGGUGACGAAUUACAAGAUGACGUUGUUUCCCUACCACGAUCUCAUCAUCUAUGAAAUGGGAGCGGGCAAUGGGACCUUGAUGCGGAAUAUCCUCGAUUACAUCUACGAAUGCGAGCCCGAGGUCUACGCCCGGACGCAGUUCAAGAUCAUCGAGAUCUCAUCCUCCCUGGCCGAUUUGCAAAUGACCAGUCUGCAAAGGUCCCCGUACGCCGCUGAACAUCUGGCUCAUGUCCAGAUCGUCAACCGGUCCGUAUUUGACUGGCAGGAAUACGUACACUCGCCGUGCUUCUUCCUCGCCCUCGAGGUCAUUGACAACUUCCCCCACGAUUGUAUACGAUAUGACCCAGAAACAGAAGAGCCGCUGCAGGGCGGCGUCCUGAUUGACGACGACGGCGAGUUCUUCGAGUACUACGACCGGAAUCUCGACCCUCUCGCUCGGCGGUAUCUCCAACUCAGAGACGUCGCCGCACGAUCUCCCUUCAUCACACCCAUAUCGCAGCCCAAAAUCCUGCGUCGCCUACGACACGCGCUGCCUUUUGCGCCUAAUCUCACCCAGCCCGAAUAUAUCCCUACUCGACUUCUGGAGUUCUUCGAUGUUCUGCACAAGUAUUUCCCGGCCCAUCGCCUGGUCCUGUCGGAUUUCAACUAUCUCCCCGACGCCGUGCCUGGCCUUAACGCCCCCGUGGUCCAGACCAGGUACCAGCGGCGCAAUGUACAGGUCACAACUCCCUUUGUGCACCAGGGAUACUUUGACAUUUUCUUCCCUACCGAUUUCGCCAUGAUGGAAGACAUUUAUCGUGCCAUCACCGGGCGACUGACCAGGGUAUCUUCGCACAGAGAUUUCCUCGAGAGCUGGGCUUUUGUCGAAGACACCCAAGUCCGCAGUGGCGAAAAUCCUAUGUUGAGUUGGUACGAAAAUGCUAGUGUCAUGACAACAGUCUGA